AUGAACCUAUCUCGAGGUCCUUGGAUGGAUAUCUCCGACUAUGCGACAGGUAUAGGGAACAACAAGAAAACCUGGGCAACACUGAAUGCUCAACCGCGCAUGAACUAUUACCGAAGCAAUACGGAUCUGGAGAGGCCUAAUGAAUAUAUUGACCUUAUUGAAAAAUACCUGCUGGUUGUUCCGCACAUCACAAGACAUGAUCCUGAGACUAUGGAUCUUUUGCAGCCGACACUGUGGCAUUGCGACCUCCAUCUCAAUAACAUAUACGUCGAUCUUGACACGGAGAUCAUCACGGACAUUAUUGACUGGCAGAACACAACAGUUGCUCCCUUGAUCUUACAAGCUAAAUUCCCACGGAUGGUGCAACAUACGAGCCCACUUCCACUGGGAUGGGUUAUGCCGGAGAAACCAGAGGGCUAUGAGACUUUAUCUGAAGAUGAUAGGAAAAGGGCAGACAAACUCCAUGAGAGUGCCUUGUGCCACAGAUACUAUGAAGUUCUCACGGCCAAGAGAAACCCUCUGCACUAUGCCGCCAUACGCCAUAAUUAUACAUGGAAGUCGCCUGUUGUCCAACCCAUGAAAUCAAUAGGAGGGGCCUGGUCGUCAAGAGAAGUCUUCGGGCUUCGCUCAUCAUUGAUGGAAGUGAUCGAGCAUUGGUCUGGGAUACAAUCUGCGCUUGACUGCCCUAUCUCUUUCACAAAAGAAGAAAUCAAACUGCACAGUGAGGAGAUGGAGAACCGCGAUUACAUCGAGCAACUGAUGGAAGAGUUUCAGAACGCAGGAAUCUUGCCAGUCGACGGGAUCGUUGAUCCUGAAGAUUACGAAACGUUGCAGAAGACAAGUGAAAUGCAAAAGACACACUUCCUGUCGUUGGCAGAGAAUGCGGAGGAGAGAGAUUGGAUGGACAAGAUCUGGCCUUACCAAGACAAUCACUAA